CUGCUGCAGUAUGUGGUGCUGCGGCGUGACCUGUGGACGGAGCUGGACUGGCCGCUGGGCAGCCUGGUGGCGCAGGGCUGCCACGCAGCCACCGCAGCGCUGUGGAUGACUAGAGAGGCGGCCACAACGCAGCAGUACUGCGCCCCCGAAAACAUAGACCACAUGCACAAGGCGAGCCGGCCUGGCUGGGGCGGGCUGCAGAAAUGGGGCGCAGAGGACGAAGCGCAGCUGCGCAAGCUGGCCACAAAGCUGGGCGAGGCGGGGGUGGCGCACAAGCUGUGGAUAGAGCAGCCCGAGGACUUCGCCACCUGCCUGUCCACCGCCCCUGCACCCAAGUCUGCCGUGGCGCCGCUGCUGAAGAAGCUGAAGCUG